AUGGGAAAGCGCAAGGUCGCCGCCCUCGAAAAGGUCGAUGUAGACUUCGCGAGCCUGCAGUACAAGAUCCGCCGCGACCCCAAGUCGUACGAAGAGAACUUCCUCCAGCAAUGGGGCCAAUAUGAGAGUCAGCGCGAGGUCUUCCUCGGCUCGCCGACGACUGCGACGAGAGAAUACACCGAGUCCUUUCACAACCUCGUCGACCUUCUCGCGCACACCGUGGACCUGUACCCGAAACACGCCGUUGCCUUCCCCGACGACCUGAAGGCCAUCCUCCUGCAGCACCACGAGGUCCUGCACCCCGAGCUGCGCGAGAAGAUUGUCGGAAGUCUGGCGCUUCUCCGCAAGAAGGAAGUCAUCGACUCGACGAGCUUCCUGACGACGCUCUUCCCAAUCCUCGUUUCUUCGCCAAGCAAGACGCUGCGAACGCUCCUCUUCCAGAAGAUCCUUACCGAGAUGCGCAAUGCGAACGCCAAGGCUACGAACCACCCCCUCAACCGUACCAUUCAGACUGUCCUCUACAACCUCAUCACCGCCGACCGCACCUCGCCCAAGGGCAUUUGGGCCGUGAAGCUCACACGUGAGCUGUGGAAGCGUCAGAUCUGGACCGAUGCCAAGACUGUCGACGUCAUGAAGGAGGCGGCCCUGUCCGAUAACGAAAAGGUUGUCAUCGGUGCCGUGCGGUUCUUCCUCGGUGGAGACAAGGAGCGCGAGGAGCUGGAGGACGACAGCAGUGACGAGGAGGCGGUUGACCUGAUGAAGAUAAAGCAUCAGAUCGGCAUCAACAAGAAGUCUAAGAAGCAGGCCAACGCCUACAAGAAGGCCGUUGCCAAGGUUCACAAGCAGGAGCGCAGCAAGGCUAAGCCUCACCCGCUUAACUUCUCGGCCUUCCAUCUCUUACAUGACCCUCAGGGCUUUGCCGAGAACGUUUUCCAGAAACACUUGCAGAACACCAAGACUAAGAUGGCGCAUGAGAACAAACUCCUGGUCCUGCAGCUGGUGACGAGACUGGUCGGUCUCCACAAGCUGACCAUCAUCAAUCUCUACUCGUGGUUCAUCAAGUUCCUUACGCCUCGUCAAGAGUCCGUCACCUCUUACCUGGCCUCGCUCGCCCAGGGAACACAUAACCUGGUUCCCCCGGAUGCUGUCGAGCCUCUUAUCCAGAAGAUCGCCAAUGAGUUUGUGUCAGAAGCCGCCGCCGCCGAGGUUGCCGCCGCCGGUCUCAACGCCAUCCGUGAAAUCUGCGCGAGACAGCCCCUGGCCAUGACCGACACGUUGCUGCAGGAUCUUGUCCAGUACCGAAAGAGCAAAGACAAGGGAACCAUGAUGGCUGCAAAGGGUCUUUUGUCGUUGUACAGAGAGGUUGGCGCGGACAUGCUGAUGAAGAAGGACAGAGGCAAGGACGCGUCCAUGGGUCUGAGGAGCGGCGAGAUAAAGACGAAGAGAUUUGGAGAGGAAGAGGUUGGAGGUAUCGAGGGCAUCGAGUUGCUGGCCAAGUGGAAAGAGGAGCAGCGCAAGCUGAAGCGUGCUGCCAAGGGUCUUCCCGAGGACGGCUCCGACAAGGAAGACGAGGAGGACGGUUACAAAUCCGAAGACUGGGAAGUGGACUCCGACGACAGCGAUGAUUCGGGUGGAUGGAUCAACGUCAGCCACUCGGAAGACGAAGACGACGAGCCGGCGCCGAAGAAGCGCCGGACGGGAGAGGACGGAUCCGACUCCGAGGACGACGAGGAUAGCGCUGCCGAGAUGGAGAGGAUACAAAAGCUGGCCACGACCACCAUCCUCACGCCCGCCGACCUCCAGAAGCUCCAGGAGCUGCGCAUGGAAGCCAGCCUGAACAAGACGCUGGGCAACCGAACCUCGAAGCGCCAGAAGGAGAUCGAGAAAGCCCUGGCCCGGCACGCCGAUGACGGCCUCACCGCCGAGCAGAUCGAGGCGCCGGCCAGGCUGCGCAAGACGACCAAGGAGGAGAGGGUGGCCAUGGCUAAGGAGGGCAAGCCUGGCCGCGAGGAGCACAAGUCGACGCAGGCCAUCCGCCGGUCCAAGAAGGACGCCGAGGGCAAGAGCACGACGAACAAGGAGAAGGCGCGCCAGAAGAACUUCUUGAUGACGCUGAACAAGGCCAAGCACAAGAACAAGAGGAGUUUGGUGCAGACGCGCAAGGUGUUGCAGGGUCACAUUGACAGGAGUAAACGCGGUGGAAGGCGCGCAAACGGAAUGUAG